AUGUCGUCCGCAUUUGAAGGCUUUGUUGCUGUUCACAAGUAUCAGCUGUCGGCUAUUCCAGAGGAAUUAUGGCAGCCGCUCUUUAUGAAACUCGGUGAAGAUUAUCUCGAUGCCGGUUCGGUUGUCGAAUUGCAUUACGGCGAUCCUCUCGACGGUUAUUCUCUUCAUGUCAAAGCAGACGCCUCGCUUGAACGCCAUGGAAAUAUUUAUUUGAUUGAUCAUGCAUGGACCACGACCCCUGAGACGGCAAAGAAACAAUUACACGAGAAUCCUGGUUUGUUGGAACGUUUGGAGAACUUGAUGGAUAUUGAAGCCGAAGAGAUGCCGCCUGAGGAAAAGGACCCGGAAAACGAGAUCCAGCAUGAUGAAGACACCAUCCGUAUGGUGGCGGACCAAGCCGGCGUCAGUUAUGAAAAAGCAAAGGAAGCUUUGGAGGCCGAAAAGUACGAAGUUGUGAACGCCAUCAUGCAUCUCACCAUGGAUGAGGAAGUCAAGAAGGAAGCCGAUCGUCUUCAGGAACAAGUCAUGGGUCAAUUAAUCGCCAGUGGCAAGGCCCAGGAAAAGGAAGAAAAAGUGAACAAGGAGAAGGAGGAACGUCGAAAGAAGCAAAUUGCGGACUGGAUGCAACGUAGAAUAGAUUACGUGUAUCAGGCCAUGUGGGCUUAUAUCCAGACCUACUCAUUUUCUGUACUCAAGGAAAACGGCCAGCCCGAUACACAAACAGCGUGGUAUAUUAAUGAUGAGGUUGGAUCUGCUUUGACCCAUUCAUCGGACCCCAACAUGGCGUGCAUGCCUUUUAUUUUCUCCCGAGGGGCUAGCGGGAUGAUCCCUUACAGCGUUCUUUUCCCUGUCAAGGAUAUUGCCCCUGGCGCCAUUGUCACUUGCGACCUGGUGCCACGUGAUUUGGGUUCACCUAUGGAUAAGAUCGCUUACUUGUUCGCUUUCAAGGAUCGAUUACUUCCUGAUGAUGAUAUUGAAGAGAAGCAGAAAAUGCUUAUCGAUGCUUAUCGCUUGGUCAAUACGGAAUUGAAGGCUCAAUCGACCCAGCAACUUUCCGACCCUCGAAUUGUUACCGCCAGUGAAGCAGUGGAUGUACUCAAAGCGUCAAAAAAGCCCCGUGAGACUCCAUUGCGUGUGUAUACAACCACUGAAUUUGUGCGCCAAUACUUGAAAUUACCCAACGUCAAGUUCACCGACGAUAUGACCUCGGCCGACAUUAUUUGGAGCAGUCAGGACUUUUCCGCCUGGGAUCAACUGAAGCCGGGUCAAACGAUCAAUCAGUAUCCCAACGAAAGCUGUUUGACCUUUAAACACAACUACGCCAACCUGGUCAGACAAGUGUAUGGCACACCUUCGUGGAUGAUGACCACAUAUAAUCUUGUCACACAAUUGGGCGAAUUUGUUGGCGAUUAUUUGGCGAGCGAGGAAGAGGAUCCAGAAAACAACAUCUGGAUUGUGAAGCCCUGGAAUUAUGCACGUGGUUUGGAAAUUUCCAUCAGCCGCUCGCUGAGUGAGAUUAUUCGCCAACAUGACAACGCGGUACCGAAAAUCGCUCAGCGUUAUUUGACCACUCCAUGCUUGUACAAUGGCAAAAAGUUUGAUUUGCGUUACAUUGUGCUGGUGCGCCACAUUCAACCCACCAUGGUCGCAUGCGUGUAUAAUAUGUUCUGGAUUCGACUCGCUAACAAAAAAUUCGACUUGGAGGAUCUCUCGGAUUAUGAGCGCCAGUUCACGGUCAUGAACUAUUCUAACUUCCAAAUGACCCAAUUGGACUACAAGAGCUUCAUUUUCAACAUGGAGAAACAACACAAAAUCCAAUGGGACGGUGUUCAGCGUGACAUUAACCAAGCCAUGAAAGGUACAGUCUGCACAUGA